GGUGCGUUGGAGCGUUGACCCAGCAAAUAUAGAGACACAUUGCCUGGGUUUGAGUUGCUCUAAAGGAUUCUAGUCUAGUGCGGUGUUGGCGAAAUGCUUCCGGUCGGGAAGACGGCCGUCGGAGCCAGUUUUCAGAUUCCCUACCUCCGGCGGCCUAGAAUCAAGUUGGAGGUAGGUUUUUGUUCUGGCAAAAGCAGGCAGCGAAUCGCUUCUCGCGUGGUUCGAAGGUUGAGGAGUGCGCGUCUGAGCUCAAAUGAUAAUGGCGAGCAGUCGAGAGAAUUGGAUAAAGUCGGUGGAGGUGAACCGCCGCGGUGGUUCUCCCCUCUGGAAUGUAGCAGUCGCUCCUCAGGCUCUCCUCGUCUGCUAUUCUUACCAGGGAUUGAUGGAGAUGGAUUCGGUCUUAAGUUGCAACAUGAGAAACUCGGCGAGAUUUUCGAUAUAUGGUGCUUGCACAUUCCUCUUCUUGAUCGGACACGGUUUUCGGAUCUAGUAGCAUUAGUAGAGAGCACCAUUAGGUUCGAGAUCGAGCAAGCAGCGGCAAGACCAACAUAUCUUGUGGGAGAGUCAUUUGGAGCUUCUCUUGCACUAGUUGUUGCAGCGCAGAACCCUGAUAUUGAUCUCAUCUUAAUCUUAGCUAACCCUGCUUCAACGAUCAACAAAUCUUUGCUGCAAAGUGUUGUUCCAUUGUCAGAUGUGGUGCAUAGACUUAUGCAGGCUGGACCACAUGUGAGCUGGAUACCAGAUACAAUUUUGUGGAAGCUGAGAAUGAUGGAUGAGAUGCAGAUAUUUUUGAAUUUUAAUCUUCAUUCUGUCAAAGCUCAGGUCCUCAUACUUACCAGUGGGAGUGAUAUUCUAGUUUCUCAUAUAACUGAGUGUGAAAGACUACACAGCAAGCUUCAACACUCUGAUGUUCGUUCGUUUCCUGGGAAGAGCAAUCCACUAUUCUUGGAUGAUACUUUUGAUUUGGUAGCAACCAUAAAGCGAUCUUGCUAUUAUCGUCGGGGAGCAACAAUUGAUCAUGUCUUAGAUUUCUUGCCACCAACUUCUUCGGAGUAUAAGAAAACCUAUGAACCGUUCAGGUGGAUGGAUGUGGCACUCAAUCCUGUGAUGCUCUCAACUGUGGAUGAGAGGAAUGUUGUUUGGGGACUUGCAGGAAUUCCCUCUGAUGGACCAGUUUUAUUUGUUGGGAACCACAUGAUGUUAGGAAUGGACCUCGUACCUUUAAUAUCCAGGUUUUGGUUCGACGGGAACAUCCUGCUCAGAGUGAUGGCACAUCCAUUUUUCUUCAGUAGAUUGAAGAAAGGAAAUUUGCCAGAUUUGUCUCUCUUCGACUGGAUGAGACACUAUGGUGGAGUUCCAGUAACAGCAACAAAUAUGUAUAAGCUUUUAUCAUUGAAGUGUCAUGUACUGCUGUAUCCAGGGGGCAUAUCAGAGGUUUUUCAUGGGAAGGGUGAUGAAUACAAGUUGAUCUGGCCUUCAGAACCAGAGUUUAUUCGGAUGGCUGCGAGAUUUGGGGCCAAAAUUGUGCCUUUUGGUGCCAUUGGGGAGGAUGAUAUGGUUGAGUUGAUAUUAGACUACAAUGAUCAAAUGAAGAUUCCAGCCCUGAAGACCUUCAUAGAUGGGCUAACCAGCGAGGUGGUCAGCUUGAGGAACAAUAGUGAAGACGAGAUGGGGGGGAAGCAAGUUUUUUACUAUCCAGUGUGUGUGCCGAAACUACCAGGUCGCCUCUAUUUCCUAUUCGGAAAGCCGAUCCCAACAGAAGGAAGAAAGGAUGUAUUGAGAGAUAAAGAGAGAGCAGGGGAACUGUACCUAGAGAUACAGAGGGAGAUACGGAAAAGCAUUCGCUAUCUCAAGGCCAAAAGAGAAAAAGAUCCCUACAGAAAUAUCUUAUCUCGUUUAGCAUACAUGGCUUUUCAUGGCUUCCAUUCUCAAGUCCCAACUUUUGAAAUUUGAUCACUCUCAACCUCAACCUACUUACCUAUUCUCUCCGCCCAUUGUUUAUUAAUUUUUUUAUCCCUGUUACGCAAAUUACCCUUCAAGAAAAAUGUGUAUGAGUUGAAUACAUAUUUUAUUGCAUAUAAUAGGCAAAAUAGCGUAAAAUUCUCAAAAUGAUAAAUUUGUACGUGAAGUUACUAAAAUGACCCUAUGACUUUAUUAUAUGCAUUUUUCUCUCCCUUAAAAUUCAAUACAGCUUAGUUCUU